CCUUGGUUGGCGUAUCUCAAGAUUCUCCAUUCAGGGGAACAUGGAUAGGCAUGGAUCAAGUAGAGUUCGUGCCUCUAACUCUACUGGCUUCCAAUGAUCUGUAACGGACCGAUAAAGAAGUGGAGCCCUGCUAUCUUCGGUGGGCCGAAUGGCUCACUCGAUAUAAGAUUACUCAGGCAUUUUGUGCCCCAGCAGACUGGGACAAAGUUUUACUUUGCAGCACCGGAAUGGAGUUGGUCGGACGUUUCAUGUCUAGUCUCCGCUUAGUCCCAUUCUAGAAACAUAAUAUGAUCAAAAGGGUGUUGCCUUUCCUAGCUCCACCGAGUGAUAGAGCUCCUACAUAUAAAGCUGGGUGCCUUCGCUCUGCUAUUCCGCAGUAUCAACCCACUUCUUCUUUAUCAUUCACUUUUUAGUCAUUCCUUUCUUUUCAUUUGUCUUUCUUUCGAACAUGAAGUACGCGUCUUUCAUCGCCGCGGCUGCGGCUGCUCUCGCCAGCGCUGUUAGCGCCGCCGGCGUUUCUGGUGCUGCUGAGGGUUUCGCCCAGGGCGUCACUGGUGGUGGCAGCGCUACCCCCGUUUACCCUUCCACCACCGAUGAGCUGGUCUCAUACCUCGGUGACAGCCAGCCGCGCGUUAUCAUCCUCACCAAGACCUUCGACUUCACCAACACCGAGGGCACCGAGACGAGCUCGGGCUGCGCUCCCUGGGGUACUGCCUCCGGUUGCCAGCUUGCCAUCAACAAGGACAACUGGUGCAACAACUACGAGCCUAACGCUCCUAAAGUGAGCAGCAUCACCUACAACAAGGCCGGUGUUCUCGGUAUCACCAUCAACUCCAACAAGUCCCUCGUCGGUCAGGGUAGUGCCGGUGUCAUCAAGGGCCGUGGUCUCCGUAUCGUCAGUGGCGCCAAGAACGUCAUCAUCCAGAACGUUGCUAUCACUGACAUCAACCCCCAGUACGUCUGGGGCGGUGAUGCCAUCACUCUGAACGAGGCCGACCUUGUCUGGAUCGACCACGUUACCACUGCCCGUAUCGCCCGUCAGCACAUUGUCCUCGGUACCCAGGCUGACAACCGUGUCACCAUCUCCAACUCCCUCAUCGACGGUCGCACCGACUACUCCGCUACCUGCAACGGCCACCACUACUGGGGUGUCUACCUGACCGGCUCCAACGACAUGGUUACCAUGAAGGGCAACUACUUCUACUACACCUCCGGCCGUAUGCCCAAGGUCCAGGGCAACACCCUCCUCCACGCCGUCAACAACUACUUCCACAACGUCGAGGGCCACGCCUUCGAGAUCGGUUCCGGUGGCUACGUCCUCGCCGAGGGUAACGCUUUCCAGAACGUCGACGCCCCCGUUGAGUCCCCCAUCAGCGGCCAGCUCUUCAGCGCCCCCGAUGCCACCACCAACGAGCAGUGCAAGUCCGUCUUUGGCCGUGCUUGCCAGAUCAACGCUUUCGGCAGCUCCGGCUCCUUCAGCCAGGCUGAUACCGCCGUCAUCUCUAAGUUCGCUGGCAAGAACAUCGCCGGUUCUCACCUUGCUCAGAACAUCCCCCGGUGGGUCAUGGCCAACGCUGGUCAGGGUAAGCUCUAGAUCAUUGAUUAAGAGAUUACUAUCUAAACAAUGGGUGUGGGUGAGAAUGUUGAAGGGUUUGGGGAUGAUAAUUAAUCUUCGUGUAUCUACU